UUGUGGAAGCAGGAGGGAAAUCUGCUGCCUGCGUUCAGUGCUCUCUCGACUGACGCGAGUAGGUAACAAUUAUUGAGCAAUGCACCGCGGCGGCGUCCGCACCCUCGCGCUCGUCGUGCUCGUGGCCGCCCUCGCCGCGGUGGCGCCGCCCAUCCCCGCCGCCGGCGAGCAGGUCUGCAGCGACCGCCGCUACGCGGCGAACAGCAGCUUCGAUGCCACCCUCCAGCGAGUCGUCCGCGCCCUCCCCGCCAACACCUCCUCCUCGCCGCUCCUCUUCGCGACCCUCGCCGUCGGCGAGGUGUACGCGCUCGCGCUCUGCCGCGGGGACACGAGCGUGGGCUCCUGCAACUUCUGCGUCGCGCAGACCCUGCGCGACGGGGAGCACGCCUGCGCCGGCGACAAGGACGUCGCCAUGUACGACGACAUCUGCACCGUCCGUUUCUCCGACGAGGACUUCCUCGCGGCCAUGAACAACUCGCGGCGGAAGACCGUCGUGGCCGGCUCACAGUCACAGAAGCUGGUCCCCUCCGUCUCCGGCAGCUUCUACCGUCUGGCUGGCGAGCUCCUCGACGCCACCGUCGACUACGCCGUGGCCAACUCGACGCGACGGUUCGCCACCGGUGACGUCGGCGUCGCCGGUUACUUCGCCGACGAGCCGUUCUCCAAGAUAUAUGCCCUGGCUCAGUGCACGCCGGACCUGACGCCGGAGCAGUGCAGAGCGUGCCUAGCGUCGGCCAUGGCGGAGAUGACCCGGCAGGUCUUCCCUACCAAUUCACCGGGAGGAAAGGUCAUCGGCGAGCGUUGCGGCCUGCGUUUUGAAGUUUUCUCCUUCUACAACAUCGAGGCCAUGGUGCAGCUGCAGGUUGGGCUACAAGGCAAAAAGAAAUCAACCCCAGUUCUUGCAAUUGUGCUUCCGAUAAUAUUUGUUGCAUUACUCACAAUCAUACUAGCUGGCUUGUAUAUUUGGAGGAGGAAAAGGUUGCCGGCCAAAACACUGCUAAUAGAAAAUACAGAGGACCUCGAAGAUUUCGAAUCUAUCUUCAUUGAUCUUUCAAAAUUGCAAUCAGCAACAGACAACUUUGACGAAAGCAACAGACUUGGCGAAGGAGGAUUUGGUGUUGUUUUUAAGGGUGUCUUCCCUGAUGGACAAGAAGUAGCAGUAAAGAGGCUCUCCAGUUGCUCCAAUCAAGGACUAGGUCAACUGAAGAAUGAACUGUACUUGGUAGCCAAGCUGCAGCACAAAAAUCUUGUCAGGCUCAUUGGUGUUUGCUUGGAAGAAGGAGAGAAGGUGCUUGUCUACGAGUACAUGCCCAACAAGAGCCUGGAUACUGUUCUUUUCGAUCCAGAGAGAAGCAAACAGCUUGACUGGGGAAAGCGAUUCAUGAUUCUGAAUGGAAUUGCUCGAGGCCUGCAGUAUUUGCACGAGCACUCUCAGCUGAAGAUCAUCCAUCGGGAUCUGAAAGCAAGCAACAUUUUACUUGAUGCAGACAUGAAACCCAAGAUCGCAGAUUUUGGGAUGGCGAAGAUCUUUGGAGACGAUGAGACCAGGAACGCCACAAGCCGUGUCAUUGGAACACUUGGCUAUAUGUCUCCAGAAUACGCCAUGCGGGGGCACUACUCGACGAAGCUUGAUGUCUUCAGCUUCGGUGUCAUAGUCUUGGAGAUCGUCACAGGGCGAAGGAACAGCUACUCAGUUAUAUCUGAACAUUGUGAAGAUCUCUUUAGCCUUGUGUGGAGGCACUGGAACGAUGGGACAGUCACAGAGAUAGUGGAUCCUUCUCUGGGUAAGCACUACCCUAGGGGAGAGAUCUUGAAGUGCAUCAACAUUGGGCUCCUGUGCGUUCAGCAGAACCCAACGGACAGGCCGGCGAUGUCGGUGAUCAUCGUCAUGCUCAGCAGUGGCACGGUCUCCAUGCAGGCACCCUACAGGCCCGCGUAUCUUUUUGGCAGGAACAGGAGCUACUCAGAAACAAUGGACAUCCUACUGUCUUCUUCAGAGCCCCAUUCUUCAAUCACAGUGCUUGAACCUAGGUAAAUGUAUCAACCGUCGGACUUUUUAUCAUUUUUAAAAAAUAUCUUUAUUUGCUAUAAAUUUUAGUGUAAAAUCUUAGUAUCUUAAUGUAUAUGAUAUCUCAUGAUAUCAAAAUUUUACGCUGAAAAUUACGAUGCAUCAAGCUAGUUUUUUGAGUAUGAUAAAGAA